AUGCCGCCUCGACCGUCGAUACGUCUAGGCUUCGCCGGCCUCUCCCCGGCGCCUCGGAGGGCCUUUGCGCACAAGGCCCGGCAUAGACAUCCACCUCCGCCGCCGUUUAACACCGUACCUACAUGCCCGGAGCCGACAUGUGGGUGCGCCGACACCCCCGCCAUGCCGGAAGGUCUGCCCCUGGACCGUGAGGGACCGCUCAAGGCUGCUAUUCCUGGGUAUGCGGAGCAGGUGCUCGUUUGCACCGACAAGUCGGAUUGGCCGUCGAGGAUAGAGGAGGAUAAUAGCGGUGAUAACUUGGCGGCGGAUCUGAAGGAGUUGUUUGGACGGGGCGGGACGUAUAGCGAUCCAUUCCACAACGUCUCCGUCCUCAACUCUUCCUUCCCAAGUUCCAUACCGCCCCGUGUCGAAGUCCAGACGACAUCCGCGUACCUCCUCCCGAGCUUCAAAUACGUGCCCUUCCUCCCGCGGAUAUCAUUCGACAGCGUCCAAGCCCUCGCCAAGGGCUUUCUGCUACCCAAGAAGCUACACUCUGCACACGAAGGCCUCUCGCCCAUCCACCGCGACCGGCUCACGCGUAAGGAGGCAUACCAGGGACUGCUACCGGGCGUGCAAGACGUGCGGGAUGUGCUAGUGUUGAUAUGUGGACAUGGUGGGCGGGAUGCCAGAUGUGGAACUAUGGCGCCUGUGUUGGAGACAGAGUUUAAGGAGAAGCUGAGAAGUGAGGGACUGGAUGUGCUAGAAGGCGCUGUGCAAGUACCUAUAGGCCUCGAGGAGGUGCAAAGGAUACAAGGCGAAGCCGGUCCCGAAGGAACAACAGCAAGAGUCGGACUUAUAAGUCACAUCGGCGGACACAAGUUUGCGGGAAACGUCAUCAUCUACCUCCCGCCGCACAUGAAGAUGGGGGACAUGCCGCAUCCGCUGGCGGGGCAUGGGAUCUGGUACGGAAGGGUUGAGCCGAAAAACGUGGAGGGUAUUGUGAAGGAGACUAUACUGAAGGGGAAUGUUGUCGCGGAUAUGUUUAGAGGCGGGAUCGAUGCUCAGCGGAGGAUGCUGAGGAUAGCCUUCAACUCUGCAUAUCGAACUCUCUCAACCUCACGAUACCCUCCAAGACCAGACUUUUCAGCUCCGAAACAAGCACGGGUUCUGCCUCCUCUCAUAUUUAUCAGCCUCAUAAUCGGCGGUGUCGGCUAUUACCUCGCCACGCCGCACUCUAAACCAGACACUCUCAACGACAUCUCGUUCGUGCCGUAUGCCAUCACGCACCGCGAGGCCAUCUCACCAACCUCGUUCGUCAUCACUAUAAUCCCCCGCAAGCCAAACCCUUCACCGCCAUAUCUCACUCCCUCGGAUACAAGCUCGCAAUGGAGCCAUCCCCUUUGGUCCGUCGAGUUCAAGCAGCCCGAGGUCCAGAUCUCGAGGCAUUACACGCCCCUUCCACCUCUGACUAGCGAGGAUCCCACUGAUGGCGCUCUUCGCUUUUACAUCCGUGCCGUUGGUGAUGGUGAGAUGUCCAACUAUCUCGCCCGCAGACAGGUCGGACAGGACGUCUUCCUCCGUGGACCUCACAUAGGCUUUGAGCUUGCUGAACGUCUAGGCGAGCACAAGCGUCUGGUGUUCCUCGCUGGCGGCACUGGUGUUGUACCGGGCAUGCAGGCUGCAAAGGCGGUGCUCGAAGCGAGCCCCGAUGCCAGUGUGGAUUUGCUCUGGGCCGUGAGAAAGAGGGAAGAGAUACAGAACAGCGCGGCCCCAAAGCAGUCGUCGUGGAAAUUCUGGCAGGAAAAGAAACCGACUACUCUUGGCCUCCAGGUUGAGAACCCCAGUCCUGUAACCAGGCGGUUACAGGAUCUCAAGGCGACCUACGGUGAUCGCCUAAGCAUUCAAGUCGUGGUUGACGAGGAGGGUACCAAGUUCCAAGAUAAGGACAUUAAGAACGCCAUCCUCGCCUCACCCAGCACUGCAGUUUCGCCUAGCUCAGGCUGCCGCUUCCACGACCAGAUGAUGCACGUCCACGCUUCCGAGUUUGCCCUCCCCGAUGCCCCCGGAUGUGCGUGUACGCCACCCAAGGGGACACCAGUUGGCAAGAACCUCUUCAUCGUGUCCGGUCCUGACGGCUUCAUCGAGCACUACGCUGGAGCCAAGAUCUGGCUAGGCGGCCAGCAGACACAGGGACGCAUAGGCGGUAUUGCUGGCCAACUACAACGUCAGAAUCCAACAAUAGCACAAGAUUGGCUAGUUCUCAAGAUGUAG